AUGAAGACGCUGCAAAAUCCACAAAACGAGCGUGCUUCAGGAGCAGCGAAUAGCACUGACAUGGUGAAUAAUUGCCAGGAUACAACAAACAGCCUGGAAGGAAGGAAAAAUGGGGAUAGCCACGAGAUCCAGUCAGACCAUCUAGACCAGACCCAUCCAGACCUGGGAGAGGGAGGAUCAGGUAAAAUGUUACCUAUUGAUACAGCUAAUAUUUCUAUACCUAUUAUGCGGACAUCAGGAUUAGACGGCAUACAAUGUAUAUUGGCACAAAUGAAAGAGGAUAGAAUUUUUUUAGCCGGAGAGAUUGAGAGAAAUGCUAAGGAAAUAAGGUUAGAGAUCCAGGCAAUUGGUAAUCGGACUGCCGCCCUAGAAGUGAGGGUAGAGGCUGUGGCAAAAGCACAUAAUGAUUUAUUAAUCCAGAGCUCGGAAUGGGGCACAAGGCUUGACGCUUUAGAAGUGGCAUUUGAGGAUCUUAUAAAUCGAUCCCGACGUAAUAAUAUUAAAAUUAGAGGGAUACCGGAAACCAGAGAUGAGGGUCCGGUACAGAAUUUGGUUUUAGAAAUCUUUAGACCCUUACUACCAGACAUUCCUGAACCCAGAUGGGAAAUUGACAGGGCGCACCGUUUGUCAGGUGGUCUACGAAGGAAUGAUGAACGACCCUGA